GGACUGGUAACUAAAGUUAAUCCACUCAUGCAGACGUGGACAUAAAUGGCAGGCAACUUAAACUUUUUACUUGUGAAAUUUUGCGAUUUCGAGGCAUAAAAAGAGCAUUUAUCAUUGGAAACGUUAGCGGAGUAUUGUCUUCAAAAUGGUUUUGCUUGCAGCUGCCAUAUGCACCAAAGCUGGAAAAGCGAUCGUUUCAAGACAAUUUGUCGAGAUGAGUAGGUCACGAGUAGAGGGUUUGCUUGGUGCUUUUCCAAAGCUGAUGAACACAGGAAAACAGCACACAUUCGUCGAAACUGAAAGCGUUCGCUAUGUUUAUCAGCCAUUGGAUAAGCUUUACAUGCUCCUCAUCACCACCAAAGCCAGCAACAUCUUGGAGGAUUUGGAGACACUGCGACUUUUUUCAAGAGUGAUUCCCGAAUAUUGCAAAUCUGUAGAUGAAGCCGAAGUUGUCGAAAGAUCGUUCGAGCUUAUUUUUGCCUUCGACGAAAUUGUUGCACUUGGAUACAGGGAGAACGUGAAUCUUGCUCAGAUUCGUACGUUCACGGAAAUGGAUAGUCAUGAAGAAAAGGUCUUCCAAGCAGUCCUUGAGACACAGCAACGGGAAGCAAAGGAAUUGAUGAAGAGAAAAGCGAAAGAACUCCAGGCAGCGCGAAUGGCCGCGGCCAAGGGUAAAUUCAUGGGGCGUCAAUCGAUGACCGGUUUUGGAGGCAGUGGAAAAUCGAGCGACACGAGUAGUUUCGUCGAGGUUACGCCCAUUGAGCCAGUCGCGCCUAAAUCAUCGAAACCAGCUAGACCACUUGGCAGCAACAAAGCCAUGAAACUAGGAAGUAAAGGAAAAGAUAUCGAUCAUUUUGUAGACAAAUUGAUCUCGGAAGGCACAGACAUCGUUUCGUCGUCAGGAAAACGGGAAACUGCAUUGAAACCCGCUCAAACUGCCGUUCCCACGUCUGGAGUACACAUCAGUGUCGAUGAGAAGAUAUCGUUGACUGCCGGCAGGGAUGGCGGUUUGCAGAACAUGGAAGUCCGUGGAUUGAUUCUCUUAAGGAUAUCUGAUGCAGAAUACGGUCGCAUUACGAUCGCCGUCGAGAAUGACGAUCAGUUGGGCUUUCAACUUCAGACGCAUCCAAAUGUGGACAAGAAAUUGUUCAAUCAAGAUUCUGUCCUUGGCCUGAAACAAUCUGGAAAAGCAUUUCCAUUAAACGCCGAUAUCGGCGUGCUGAAAUGGCGUCUUCAAACGAAGGACGAAUCUUUAAUGCCAUUGACAAUCAACUGUUGGCCAUCUGAAAACGACGGGCAAUGCGACGUUAAUAUCGAGUACGAAUUGCAACUAGAGGAAAUGGAGUUAAAAGAUGUAACAAUAUCGAUUCCUUUACCACAUGGUGUUGGCGCUCCUGUCGUGGGCGAUAUCGAAGGCGACUAUCAUUACGACCACAAGCGAUCCCUUUUGGAGUGGCAGCUGCCUGUCAUUGACGAGUCAAAUAAAUCUGGAUCCGUGGAAUUUACGAUGCCUGGCCAUCCAGAUGAUUUUUUCCCUAUAAAUGUCUCAUUUGGAUCGUCCAAAUCCUUUUGCGAUCUUAAGAUUAAGGACGUGAACAUCGUCGAAGACGGGAUGCCAGUGAAGUUCUCUAGUCAAGUUAUGUUCUCCGUUGACAAGUAUGAAAUCGUGUGAACCAAAAUGAUCAUAGUUGGGCUCGAGAGACCCUUCAAACUUUAUUUUACCAGAGUAGAUUACGCCAAUUCCCAUCAUGAAAUCAACAUUUUAACGUAUGUAUGUAUUAUUACAUCACGAAAAUUUAUGUCUUUUGUCAAAAAGGGGAAACACACAAGAAUCUUUCUAUGCAAGUAUUUAAAUGCUGUGCAUGUUGGCGGCCCAUGCAUGUUUUGUUGAUUAACGACGAUAGGAAACGUCUUCGAUGAAUGAAAAUUUAUAAAUAUAUUUGGUGUAGCGAUCGUGCAA